AGUGGGAGUACGACAUAUGAUUGGCCAGUCGACAUUCUUAGAGGAACAGGCCCCUUUUGCCGUUUAGUUGUAUUGUCGCUCGGGCUGUUCUUUGCCUUUCUGACCAACCUCUCAAAUCGGAUCAAUUUGUGGAGCAGAUUUUGGACCUCCAGUAGCUUGUAACGUUGCCGUGGGGGAAUAACCACACAGCUACACCCCAUUCUUCAACCUCAACAGUGCUUGAUUGUCACCCCGGAUUUCCAGUUUAUCUGUCCCCAAUACAAUAAUAAAAACCAUGGAAAAAGGGGAUCUUAUUUCGAGGGCCAAGUUGGCCGAGCAGGCUGAGCGUUACGACGACAUGGCAGAGUGCAUGAAGGAGGUAACGGAGAAGGGAGACGAGCUGUCUAACGAGGAGAGGAACCUGCUGUCCGUCGCCUACAAAAACGUGGUUGGGGCGAGGCGCUCCGCAUGGAGGGUGUUGUCCAGUAUCAACACGAAGGCUGAGGGGUCUGACAAGAAGCAGGAGAUGGUCAAGGAGUAUCAGAAGACUGUGGAAAAGGAGCUGCAAGAUAUCUGCGGCACGGUUCUGGUAUUGCUGGACGAGCAUUUAAUUCCAAACUCCAAACAGGCCGAGAGCAAAGUCUUCUAUCUAAAGAUGAAGGGGGACUACUAUAGAUACCUUGCUGAAGUUGCCGAUGGAGAUGAGAGAAAAAAGAUCAUUGUGAACUCACAGCAAGCAUACCAGGAAGCGUUUGAUUGCAGCCUGGACAUGGACUCCACACAUCCCAUCCGCUUGGGCUUGGCGCUUAACUUCUCCGUCUUCUAUUACGAGAUCCUCAACGAUCCCAAAAAAGCCUGCGAAUUGGCUAAAAAGGCAUUUGAUGAUGCCAUUGCUGAGCUCGACCAGCUAAAUGAGGAGUCCUACAAAGACAGCACUCUUAUCAUGCAACUCCUCAGAGACAACCUGACAUUAUGGACAUCAGACAACGCUAAUGAAGAGUGCGAAGGUGACGCAGUCCCAGAAAGUGAGAAAUAAAAUAAAAAACGCAAGCUCUCGAUGUUGGGGUCAUCUCCAAAAACAACAAAAGGAAGAAAAAAAAAAAACUUUUUACACAUCCUUCAUUCCUUAUUGCUCCACUCAAACAUUCUACCAAUGAAACCCAAUGCUGAAAAGGGUCAUGUAAGGAAAUAAUUAAAAAAAAUCAUUCUUUUCACAAUGUAGAUUUGAACAACUGGUGAAAAGAGAAACCCUCCAUUCCUUUGGUUUGUGUUUGUCCUGGCCUUCCCAUUUGUGCAGUUUCAGCUGUAGAAAAGUGAUUGAUAGCUUGACAUGGUAUCAGACUUCUAACUCAAUUUAGAGGCAAUCAAAUUUAAGUCCCAUUGUUGAACAACUGGAAGCAUAAAUCCCAUCAAUUGAGCCUGUUUGGAUUUUCUCCAAUAAGAAAUGUUGGAUAUAAAAACUAGUUUCCCCCUUAGCUUUUUUAAAUGUCUGUCUCUUACCUGGUACGGUUACAGCAGCUGAAGUCCAACUUCAAACAGAUGGAAUUUUCAUACUGCAGGGAAAGCUAGUGCACUUUACAUGCUGGCAACAAAUAUUAUAAUACAGCCAAGUAGUGCCAAUUGGUUUAACCCUCACUUUCUGCCCUGGUUAUGAUGCCACUCUUUCACUGAAGCAUGCCUGUUGUUUGGGGAGGGGAAAAAUGGUGGGGCUUGUCUGACCAAAUGCAGGGACCUUUUUAAUGGGAAGAAGACAAUUCUGUCAUGCAUGUCUCUUGAGAUAGUACACUGGAAUGGGAACAAAUGCUGUACCACACACAAGUCCAAGUGUCAAGUUUAGUAAUUUUCAAUGCAGGUUUGUACACAUCCGACAAGUGGGUGAUUUGUUAGUCUGUCCAGUGAUUGUCAUUAGAGAUUUGGACCACUAUUGUUUUGCUAUUCAUUCAAUUGUAGUCCCCAAAAGCCUUGUGGAACUGUUUGAAUCCCUAUGUAUCAGCUAUGUUAACAAUAAAACAUUUUAUAAACCAAA